GUUGCACUCCUCCAUGCAUCCCCCAUUGACGCACGUCUGCUUUCUAAUAACGACUUCAUUCCGCGAUGCCGAACGAAGCAGUGGUGAUAGAAGCUGAUAGCAACAGCAACAGUGACUACAGUCUACAAUUGAAUCGAUGGUUCUUGAAACCGAUCGGUGCAUGGCCAUCGUCUCCAUCCACCACAAGACUAGAAAAGAUAAUUUCGUUUCUUUUAAACGCCAUUUGCUACAGCACCGUAAUUAUCACUGCGAUACCCAGUGUACUGCAAAUGAUUCUAGAAGACGAGAGCGUUAACUCGAAAUUGAAGAGCCUAGAUUUCUUGAGUCAUUUAAUCGUCAGUAUCUUUACUUAUAGCGUGUUGUUAUUACACAACAAAGACAUACGACGAUGCGUAGAACACAUGAAAGCUGACUGGCGAGCAGUGAGCAGAAAGGAGGAUCAACACGUGAUGAUGAAGAACGCGAAAUUCGGUCGUUACGUAGCAGCUUUCUGCGCAAUUUUUGUACAAGGUAGCGUUUUGUGCUUUUGUUUCGUGACGGCUCUAAAUACGCUCGAGAUUCAAAUUGGAAACGAGACGAGAAUUUUACACGUGCUACCUUGUGCAGUAUACAAGAAGCUGGUAAACGUCGACGAAAGUCCAACAAACGAAUUCAUGAUUUUUUUGCAAGUCUGGUCUAGUGUUAUUGCAAAUUUUAGUACAAUUGGCAUCUUUAGUCUCGCAGCAGUUCUAGCUGCUCACGCGUGCGGUCAGCUAAAUGUUGUUAUGUUAUGGAUUGUUGAAUUUGUCAAUGAAGCCGCAAUAGAGAGCAGAACUGAUGGUUUUACGAAAAUUGGAGUAAUCGUGGAACGACAUCUGAGAACAUUGAAUUUUAUAUCAUAUAUCGAGGGUGUGAUGAAUAAAAUCUGUUUUUUGGAAAUGUUAAGAUGCACGAUGGAAAUAUGUGUAAUUGGCUACUUCAUUGUGUCGGAAUGGGCAGAGCAUGAUAUUCGAAAUUUGGCAACGUAUUUUAUGAUGUUCGUUACAAUCUGUUUUAACAUUUUCAUAAUAUGUUACAUCGGUGAACUAUUAACGGAACAGUGCAAGAAAAUUGGCGAAGCCGUUUACAUGACGAACUGGUAUUACUUGCCCGGUAAAACAAUCCUCGACUUGAUUAUGGUCAUCGCACGAUCGAAUGUAGUCGUUCAAAUCACUGCAGGAAAAUUAGUUCAUAUGUCGGUUUAUACAUUUGGUAGUGUUGUGAAGACAGGUUUUGCAUACUUGAAUCUGUUGCAGCAAAUGACGUAAUAAAAUAGAAUCCUGCAAAAAUAUAUUGUGUUUUUAAUAAUUUAGUAUAUACAGUACAAAAUACACGUAAAUAUCGCAUAAAACUUUGUACGUUAAGAAUUAACAGACUAGAAGUCGUAAAUUUCAAACAGAAAAAUUCUUUGUUUUUUUAACUUUGUUAUUUCCGCAUUUAAUUACGAUUGAAAUGCAUUGAUAGUGAGACUACAACAAAAUUUGAAACGAGAUCUAAUCGCGAUACAGGAAUCUAUAUCUACGCAAGUAAAAUUGUCUCGAUCUAACUU